GCCAGAAGGAGCCCCUCCAGCUCCUGCAAAGUCCAGGGCAUCGCAUUUCCACUUCGUUGAUCUGGGGCUCCACGAUCACUAGCCGAGUUUAGGACUUCUUCAUCACCAUUUUUCCGAUUUUUCUCUUCAAUUGCCAGCAACCACCGCGCAGCUAGGAGUGAUCAACUAGUUAGGUAUCAAUCAACACCUCGAGAAUUGCGCCCAAAUUCGGAACUUCGCAUUCCACAGGCUCUCCCUUACAGACGGCGCGCGACAAUCGCAAUUAGUUUCUCGCACAUUCCAACCGAGCUGCGCGACACAACCACUGAGCGCGUGUCUCAAAGGCACCUUUUUGUCAUCGCGGCAUCGCCGCCACAGCAGCAGCCACUAUGGACGACCGACGUUUGCCCGCCCGGCAGCCGCCCCCCGAGUACAGCCUCCCACCGUAUGACGAUAUGGACGACUCGACGCCCACUGGCACGCCGGGACAUGGCGCUGGCGUGCGCCUGCUAACUUCCAUGGAGGAACCCGCCAGCUAUGACCCACGGCCGAGGCGAACUAGACCCGCCUACGAGCCCUCGCUCGACUCUCGCCAAUCGAUCCUGGAUCCGCCUCACAUGCCUCCUCCAGAACCCUCCUUUAGCUCCUACAACUCUGCCAUGGAUAACGGGUCGCCAACUCGACCUUGGAGCCCCAUUCGCGACUCUUCCGAGUAUGGCCGACCACCGCCCGCUAGCAACCGAUACGAACCUGCAGACAUCAACGGCAGCCCCCGGCCCGGCACACCCGCUUCGACAUAUGGUGGCAGCCCUAGGCGGCCUCUGCCUCCUGCGCCUUUGUUUUCGGCUGGCCAACACGGCUCUACCCAGUCGUUUGCUGACGAUAUCACCGUGAGCAUCCCGCUUACCGAGGACCCGGACGAUGUCUUUGCCCCUGAGUCGGAUCUUGGCGGAGGCAGACACCAGUACCAUGGAUCUUACGCCGAGUCGCAAGUAACGCUCAGCGAUGAAGCUACCGAUGUGUCGUAUGAUGAGAAGACGGAUCGGUAUGGACCAGCGCCAGAGGGGAAGCAGGAGCGCCGCGGUGUUCGCGCGCCGCAGAUGAUGCGAAGGGAGGUCCAGUUGAUCAACGGCGAGCUGGUCCUGGAGUGCAAGAUCCCGACCAUCCUCUACAGUUUCCUUCCACGCCGAGACGAGAUCGAGUUUACCCACAUGCGUUACACAGCCGUGACGUGCGACCCGGAUGACUUUGUCGAUAGAGGCUACAAGCUGCGCCAGAGCAUAGGGAGGACGGCGCGCGAGACGGAGCUGUUCAUCUGCAUCACCAUGUACAACGAGGACGAGUACGGCUUCACCCGCACCAUGCACGCCGUCAUGAAGAACAUCAGCCACUUUUGCAGCCGGAAUCGCAGUCGAACCUGGGGAGAGUUUGGUUGGCAGAAAAUCGUCGUCUGCAUCGUGUCCGAUGGUCGCGAAAAGAUCCACCCGCGCACCCUGGACGCACUCGCCGCCAUGGGUGUAUACCAACACGGAAUCGCCAAGAACUACGUCAACCAGAAGGCUGUGCAGGCCCACGUUUACGAGUACACCACGCAGGUAUCACUCGACUCGGAUCUCAAGUUCAAGGGCGCCGAGAAGGGGAUCGUACCUUGUCAGAUGAUCUUUUGUCUCAAGGAGAAGAACCAGAAGAAGCUCAACUCUCACCGUUGGUUCUUUAACGCCUUCGGGAAGGCGCUGAACCCGAACGUGUGUAUCCUUCUAGACGUUGGCACUCGGCCUGCCGGCAAGUCCCUCUACCACCUGUGGAAGGCCUUCGACACGGACUCCAACGUGGCUGGCGCUUGCGGAGAGAUCAAAGCGAUGAAAGGCCCCUGGGGGAGGAACCUCCUCAACCCGCUGGUGGCUUCUCAAAACUUCGAGUACAAGUUGUCAAAUAUUCUGGACAAGCCGCUGGAAAGCGUGUUCGGGUACAUUACGGUACUACCCGGCGCUCUCAGCGCCUACCGAUACCAUGCGCUGCAAAACGACGAAACCGGUCACGGACCCCUCAGCCAGUACUUCAAGGGAGAGACCUUGCACGGUCAACAUGCUGAUGUGUUCACGGCGAAUAUGUACCUCGCCGAGGACCGUAUUCUCUGCUGGGAGCUGGUGGCCAAGCGGGGCGAGAGAUGGGUGUUGAAGUAUGUCAAGGGGUGCACUGGCGAGACGGACGUGCCUGAUACCGUCCCCGAGUUUGUCUCGCAGCGACGCCGUUGGCUCAACGGUGCCUUCUUUGCCGCCGUCUACUCGCUAGUCCACUUCAGGCAGAUCUGGGCGACGGACCACACGAUCGCGCGGAAAGUCCUGCUGCACAUUGAAUUUGUGUACCAGUUCAUCCAGUUGAUCUUCACCUACCUCUCGCUCGCCAAUUUCUACCUGACCUUCUACUUCAUCGCCGGCGGCCUCGCGGAUCCCGAAGUCGAUCCCUUCGGCGGAGCGGCCAAGUACAUCUUCAUCAUCCUCCGCUAUGUCUGUGUCCUCCUUAUCUCGACCCAGUUCAUCCUCUCGCUCGGCAACCGGCCACAGGGUGCCAAGAAGAUGUACCUGGCCUCAAUGAUCAUCUACGCCGUCAUUAUGGCCUACACCUUGUUCGCUUGUAUCUACGUUGUCGUCCGCCAAUUCACUAUGAAAGACGACGCUGACGAGGACUCGAGCAUCUCGAUGGGCAACAACACCUUCACCAACCUGAUCGUGUCCACGGCAUCAACCGUGGGCCUGUACUUUUUUAUGUCUUUUCUCUAUCUGGACCCGUGGCACAUGUUCACCUCCUUCCUGCAGUACCUCAUCCUGCUCCCGUCCUACAUUUGCACCCUGCAGAUCUACGCCUUCUGCAACACGCACGACGUCACGUGGGGCACCAAGGGCGACAACGUCAUGAAGACGGACCUCGGCGGCGCCAUCGGCCAGGGCAGCACCGUCGAGCUGGAGAUGCCGUCGGAGCAGCUCGACAUCGACUCGGGCUACGACGAGGCCCUCCGCAACCUGCGCGACCGCGUCGAGGUCCCGCCCCCCGGCAUCUCGGACGAGCAGCUGCAGCAGGACUACUACAAGAGCGUCCGCACCUACGUCGUCGUUACCUGGUUGAUUGCGAAUGCUACGCUGGCUAUGGGCGCCAGCGAGGCUUAUGGGGGCAGUUCUAUCGGUGAUAACUUCUACCUGCGCUUUAUUCUGUGGUCGGUCGCGGGCUUGGCUGUGUUCCGUGCCCUGGGGAGCACGACGUUUGCCGUUAUUGGGCUGGUGAAUAUGAUUGUUGAGGGGCGGGUGCGCAUGAGCAUUGAGGUGCCCAAGUGGUUUGGGGAUUGGGGGACGAAGAUCAGUGACACGAUGAGUAGUGUUGCUAGUAGUGUGCGGCGGUAGGGUGGUUGUUAUCAGGGUAUGGGCUGAGAUAGAGGCCUUUUAGGGGGGGUUGUUUGUGGCGUUUAUUAUGUCGGUCUAGAUGAUGUGGGUUUAUACUGGGGGGAGAUGAUGAUGUCUGGAGGGUGGCUGGGAUGUCUUGGGAACGAUACCUAUGUGCGGCAGAUGACAGGAUGUCGGAGAUGGCGGGGAAAGGGAGACGAUGGGAUGACGAAAGAUGGAUGGGUCAUGUUGGUUCCGGUCGGAAUAGUUUGCUUUGUUAGCCAUGUAGGAUACCCGAU